GGUCACUACCGUAAAACAUAUGGGCGUGGCAAGUUGCUCAAAUGUCAUUGUUGAGGUGUUUCAAGCCUGUGCCAAGGGCUUUUUACACUUUGACAUCAAUUAAUAAUUAUCACACAGGGAUUCAAACAGUAUGCAUGGCUGGGCAUAAUAGGUGGUCAAAAAUCAAACGACCUAAAGCAAUAGCUGAUUUAGAAAGGAGCAAGGAGUUGUCAAAGUUUAGCAAAGAGAUACAGACUGCAAUUAAAGUAGAAGGUGACAGCAAUCCAGAAACAAACAAACGACUUGCAGCAAUUGUAUUACGUGCUCGUUCAGCUAACGUUUCAAAAACAGGAAUAGAAAGAGCGAUUGAAAGUGGUAUUAAAAAAUUGAAAAGUCAGGACACUCACAUAUAUGAAGCUAAGGGCCCAUCUGGAUAUGCCAUGAUCAUUGAAGCUGAAACGAGUGAAAAGGAGAGAACUAAAGGAGAAUUAAAAAAAAUACUCAGCCGUCAAGGGGGAUCUCUGAGUGAACCAAAGACCAUGUUGUUUUUGUUUGAUCAAAAAGGUUUUGUGAUGGUUUCAAAAGACAGCCUGACAGAAGAUUGUGAUCUCCUUGAAGUGGCUAUUGAAAUUGGAGCAGAAGAUGUCAAGGAAGAAUUGAAUAGUGAGGAGGCAGAAGAAGAGGACGAAGUUUGUUUUGUGUGUGAGUCUAAGGAUUUAGAGUCAGUAAAAGCAGCAGCUGAAGAGAAAGAACUGGAAGUAACACAGUCCUAUAUUAGUUACGUGCCACACACAGUCACCAAUCUGUCACCUUCAGAUAUUGGCAAUGCAAAAGUCAUGCUUACAAAACUAAAUGAACACCCACAAGUCAUUAGAGUGCACACAAACAUUGAAAAAUAAAAAAAGAUUUCAAAUUGACAUGUCUAUUGCAAA